GCUAGAAAUACUUUGAGAAGCUCACGAGAGUCUAUAAAUGUAGUAAAGGCUGCAAACAGCAGGUGUAUAACCACCGAGCAGCCUCCAGUUGAUUCAUCAGCAACUAGCACUAUUUUACCGACUAACAAGUUCGUAUCUUUCGAUUGGCAAGACCCUCUCAAACUACACACAUUGCUCAAUGAUGACGAGCAGGCGAUACAGGAGAGCGUCAGAAUGUAUGCCCAAGAGCAGCUCUCUCCGCGCAUUCUUGAAGCGUCAAGGAACGAGGAUUUUGAUAGGGAGAUAUUGCGUGAAAUGGGCCAGUUGGGAUUUCUGGGUGCAUCAUUAAAAGGCUACGGCUGUGCUGGUGUAUCCAAAGUAGCUUACGGUUUGAUUACACGGGAAAUCGAGCGUGUAGACAGCGGAUACAGAUCUGCGAUGUCCGUCCAGUCUAGUUUGACUAUGUAUCCAAUCUACACGUUUGGAAGUGAAUCACAACGUGAGAAAUACCUCCCUGGUCUUGCAUCUGGAGAUUUAGUUGGUUGCUUUGGUCUAACAGAGCCGCAACACGGCAGUGAUCCAAAUGGGAUGGAAACUGUUGCUGAAGAGACCCCUCAAGGUGGAUACAAGAUAAAUGGCUCCAAAACAUGGAUCACUAAUAGUCCAAUUAGUGAUGUCUUCUUAGUAUGGGCGAGAUGUAAAUGGGAUGGUAAGAUUAGAGGUUUCAUACUAGAAAAGGAUAUGGAUGGCUUGAGCGCACCGGCAAUCAAAAACAAGCUGGGUUUGAGAGCGUCGAUCACUGGAUCGAUAUACAUGGAUGAUGUUCACGUGAGCAAAGAACAGGUCCUGCCAGGCGUUGCAGGUCUCAAAGGACCUUUCAGCUGCCUUAACCAGGCUCGUUAUGGUAUUUCCUGGGGUGUAAUGGGAUCGCUUGAAGAUGUCAUUGCCCGCUCUAGGGAAUAUGCACUCGACAGGAAGCAAUUCAAGCGCCCAUUGGCAUCAUACCAACUUGUUCAAAAGAAAAUAGCUGAUGCGGUAACAGAGGUGCCACUCGGUUUGCUCGCGUCCCUUCAAGUAGGUAGAAUGAUGGACGCUGGCACGUGGUCCCCAGAGAUGGUAUCAUUAGUGAAGCGCAACAAUUGUGGUAAGGCAUUGGAGCAUACGCGUACAUUGAUGGAAAUAUUUGGUGGUAACGGUGUUGCUGAUGAAUAUCACGUUGGACGUAUUGCAAAUAACUUACACGUAACCAACACGUAUGAGGGCACGCAUGAUAUACAUGCUCUCAUUUUGGGUAAAGCGACAACAGGAUUGCAAGCUUUUGCUUAGAUUGUAAAUUGUAAAAUACAUUGCGACCUUCUAUUUCGU